AUGAAUUAGAUUUGCUAAAGUAUUCAAAUUGCCUUGCUUUAUUCAAUAAAGACAGAUGAUGCCUAGGAAUUUUAACUUGACAAAAUUGAAUUCCUAAAUAAGACUACUAAAUAAUUCUAUGAUUCUAUAAAAGAUGAUGAACUUCUUCAAGUAAAAGGCUUAUUUGGACCACACAAAGAAGUAGAAAGAGAAAUUAAAUUUGAAAUAAAUCAAGAAGUUAGCCUAUAAUCAUAUUUGAAUCACUCUGAUAAGGGUAACUUGAUUGCCAUUAAAUUCUAAAAAUUUAUGAUAUUUUGUUUCAUUCUCUCUGAAACAUUUUUUGUUAAUAAACCUAUUAAUGAAAAAGCAAUAGAAAUAGUUCUGUUUAGAAUAUUAUAAGAUUUAACAGAUAAUAUAAAACUGUGUUUUAAUGAUAAUAUUGUAAGAAAAAAUUGGUAUCAAGGCGAUAUAAUUCCUUUUAAGUAAAUUUAGAAAAGAGCUGAAUAUUAUUUUGCUGAGAGUGAAAAUAAGCAAAUGUUAACAUAUGAUUGUAGAUGGUAUUUAUCAUAACAAAAAAAUUCAAAUUACUAAAUCAUUAAUUCAUAGACCUUAUCUCCUUAGUUUGCAAGAAUACGAAAACUUCAAUUGAGUCAGGAAGAAAUACAAAACUUUAAUUAAAAUUAUGAAAAUUUUUAAAUAUAAUUAUUGAUUUAAAUUUUAAACAUUAAAGAUAAAUAAACAAACCAAUUAAUGAAGCUAUUUAGAUUUGAACACUAAAGCAAAGAUUUAAAAGUUAUGCUAGAUAAAUUAUCAGGCGAUUUUGAAAAUGAAUGUAAUGAUACAAUAAACAUAUUAAUAAAUAAACUAGUAAAUAAUUGGAAAUCAUUUUAUACUUCUCAGAAAACAAUAGAUGACAAAAAAUAAUAUUUUGAAUAAUAAGUAGACUAUGUUUUAAAAACGGUUAGGAUAACAAAUUAAAAGAAAUUUACUUAUGAUUCCUCAAAGAUUGAAUAAAAUAACCAAAAUUUCCAUUAGGAAAUCAAUACAUUUUUUGAUAGAUUAUUGGAAAAAAUAUAGAAAGCUGCAAAAAAAUAUAAUACUGAAAAAGAUAAAGUAAUUGCAGAAUUAUAAAAACAAACAACUUAUGAAGUGGAAAGAAUCAGUUUAAAAUUGACAAGAGAUGAAAAUGAAAUAGGGAAGGUGUAGAAUAUUUCAUAAAUAAUAGAUAAUUAAUAAAGUACAAUUUUAAAUGGAGACUUUUUGAAGCUUGGAUCAUCCAAAUUUACAGUGGAUGAUAUAUUUGAAACAAAAGAAAAAGCUCACAUAUUUAUAAUAACUUCUUAAAACGACAAAGGUUAGCCUUUGAAAACUCAUAUAUAUUUCCAGUCAUAUAAAACAAUUUAGAUAUAGCCAAUAAAACAACUCGAUAUUAAAGAUACAGAAAAAGCAAUUUACUUUCACGAUUAUAAUAGAGGACAUUUGUAUAUUUUUAAUGUUAAACACAAAUAUGUUGUAUAAAUAAUAAUAACAAGUAGAGGAUCAAUAUAAAACGAAUAAUCAGUUUAUUAUUAACAAGAGCGUGACUGCUCCUUUGUUGUUUCUCAUGUGGCAUAUCUGAAGAUGCUUAAUCGAUUCAUAGUAUUGUCUAUUGAUAAGUUAGUUUAUAAAUAGUAAGAUUAAGGAUAAGAUUUUGAAAAAGUGAAAUGCAGAAUAUAAAGCCAAAAUGGUGGUCUAGAACAAAAAGACUUCAUACCAAGCAUUAGACCAGAAUAUAAAUAUAAUUAACUACUAGCUUGCCCUAGUGGUAAAUAUUUUUAUCUUGCCAAUUAAUAUUGCUGUGAUAGAUAUGAUGUAAAUUGUUUGAAAUUGAACACCAUAGAAAUAGAAGGACCAAUUAAAAUAUUUGCUGAUUAUUCAGAUGUUAUAAUAUUAGGUCAACUUAAUUAGAGAGAACAGAAAAAAGCCAAAAUUAUUUGUAAUUUAGUAUCUUAAAAGAAGUUCAAUAAAUAAUAAAAUGAUGAAAAAAAAGUGAUUGGAAAUCCAGCACUUGAUAUAGCCAAAGGUUCCUUUAUAAAAUUUGGGCCAAACUCUCAAUUUUUACUAAAGGAGAAGAAUAAUAUCAUCACUUUAAAUAUUAAUAAUGAAUAUUAUAACAUUGUGAAGGCUUACUUAAAUGUUAUGAAAGUCAAUGAAAUAAUUUUAAGUUCUUCUUAGCUUUAGUCCGCAGAAUUUAAAAGCUAAUAGAUAAAAAAUUGUAUAUUUUCUAGAGUUCCUUUAUAGUUAUGUACAAUUGAAAAUAGCAACUUAAUACCGCUAAAUGAUGGAUUUAGAUAAGAAUCCCAAACUUAAACACGAAUCAGUGUAGAUUAAAAAGUUAAAUAAUUACAUUUAGGAUUUUUGGAAGAACAUUUGUCAAAUUGUGAUAAUAAGAUAUUUGUAGUAGGAAUUAUAGGUAAAUAAUCAUCAGGCAAAAGUUAUCUAUUAAACAGAGUGUUUGGAACUCGUUUUGCUGUCUCAUCUGCUAGAUGCACUGAUGGAGUUUGGGCAAGUAUUGCAUAUGUAGAAGAUUAAACAUUUCUAGUAUUAGAUUGUGAAGGCUUAUUCAAUGGAGCUAGAUCUGAUAAAGAAGAAAUAAAAAUGUUGGCAUUUCUAACUGCAUUAUGUGAUAUCACAAUCUUAAAUUCAGAUCUAACAUUUAAUCGACAUUUUAAUGAUUUAUUCAAUCAUUUAGUUGAAGCAUCUAAAUAAUUAAAUAAUGAAAAGUUGUUUAAAGGAAUAUUAUAUUUUAUAUUAAGGGAUGUUAGUUCAUAGGAUAAUGCAGGAGCAGAGCAAGAAUUAUUAGAAAGACUUGAAAGACUAAAAGAAGGUGGAUCACAAGACAUCAUAUUUUUAAAGAGGCUAUUUAAUAAUAAAAUUGCUGUUGAAUCAUUAGACAAUUACAAACUAAAAUAAUUUGAUGAAUAAAUUGUUUCUGUGAGGAAAUAUAUAUUAGAAAAAUCUGCUAUAUCUAGUCACUGGAAUUGUGGUAGAGAAUUAAUAUAAAUCAUGAAAAUUUUGUUAUGUUAACUUGAAUUGUCAGACAAGACUAAUGCAAGCUUGAUAGACUUAUAAAUAUUAAUUGAAAAGAUUUUUGAAGAUAGUUAAGAAUUAUGGUAUGAUUUUUCUUCAAAUGAAGUUUAAGAUAGUAAUUUAAAGUUGGUUUAAAGCAAUUAUAAGUUUCCAAAAUUUGAAGCAUAAUAACAUAUCCUAUUUAAUAAAGAUUUACUAAAAUUACUGUAUGAAAAUCUCAUUACAGAAGAUACAAUCUCAACUCAUAACAAAAACAUGCUUUAAGUAAGAACCCAAUUUAAUAUGAUGAUGGAGCAAAGAAAGGAAUAAAUUAUUUAAAGAGCAAAAUAAGAAACAAAUCGUAUAAAUAAUGAAGAGGUUAAAGAAAUAAUUGAAAAAAAUAUGUCUAUUUUAAAGAUUUUUUUAACUGAUUAGAUAAGAUAGUAUUAAUUUUGCGAUGAUAAAUGUGAUGAAUGCCAUUUGUAAUGUAAAUAGUUCAAAAAUCAUAUUGAGAUAUUCUAAAUAUUAAUGUAAAAGUUAGAUAAUGAAAUAAACAGUUUAUUAGCUUAACAGCAAAACUCAAUUAAAAAUAAAUCUCAAGAACAAGAAAAAAGAGAUAAAAUUAAAGAAAUUAUAAAAGAAGCUGAAUACACCUUAGAAGGAUUAACUAUUUAAAGAACAAUAAUUGAGAUUAAGGAAAAAUUAUAGAAAGAAAUAGAAGCUAUGAAGAAAUAUGAUUUUUAUGAUUCAGAUUUAAAUUCUAUAAACAAAAGAGUUUUUAAAAUGACCUAAUUUCAAAAUGAAAACUCAUAAACUGUUACAUUAGAAGAUAUAGAAAACUUAUAAAAUCUAUUUGAGAAUGAGAUUCCAAUUCUUAAAAAAAAAAAAGAAAAGAAUACUGAAAUAAUUAAAUAACAAAUGGAUAAAUUUGAUUCAUUAAAUUAAGAUUUAAAAACAUAUCAGAAAGAUAUAAAUCAAAUUGAAGUCCAGACAGAAAAUUUACUAUCUUAUAAUAAGGAGAUUAGUGAGUAAAAACUUAUUGCAGAAAAAAAUUUGUAGAGCAUUCAAUCUGAAAUUUCCAAAAACCUGAUAGUUUGUGAUAAAAUGAAUCUUCAAAAUUUGUAAUAAAAUUUUGAAGACGAAAAGAAAAAGUUAAUAGAAAUCUAGGAUGAACUUUAAUAUUAAUAGUUAAUGUAUAAAUAAUAUUCUCAUGAGCUAGAGGAAUUAUAAAAAUUGGAUGUAAACGAAUAAAUUUAGUUUUUAGAGUAGCUAGAGUAAGACAUAAAUCAAUAUCUUGAAAAAUAGAAUCUUUUGGAUGAAGAAAUAGAAUCUUUGAAGAAAAAGAAAAGAGAAUAAGAAGAUAUAAGGUCUAAAUUAGGAAAAGAAUAAUCAAAAAAAAUGGGAAAAAGAAACAAUAUAAUAGAAGAACUAGUUUAACAAUUAAAAGGAUUUGAUGAGCUAUUAAUAAAUGAAAAAUUAUCACAAUGUGAAAUUAAAUAAAAGGAGUUAGAAAAAAAUUUUAGAAAUUUUGAAAAUUCAGAGAUAUAUAAUAAAUGUUUGGAAGAAAUAGGUAUACAGCAAGAAAAUUAAAUUGAUGAUAGCUAACUCGAAAAAUAAGAUCUUGAAAUAUAAACUGAUGAAGUAGAAGAGGAUAUUUAGCAAUGUCAAACAUAAGACAAAUAGGAUCAAUAAAAUGAAAUUUAAUGUGAGCAGCAAGAAAAAUUAGAAAAGCUUAAAAUAAUUAAUUUAUUCUUCAAAAAAAAGUAAGAAAAAGUAACUGAAAUUCAAGAUUAAUUAAACUCUUUAUAAGAGUAAAUUGAAUUUAUAACAACUAAAAGAGAUAAUAUUAACUAAAGAAUCUAAGAAAAAAUAAAGAUAAAUAAACUUUUAGAUAUUUAAUAAAAUUAUUAAAAUGAAAUUUGUAAAUUUGAGAAACUUCUUGGAUAGUAAAAUUAAAAAUUAUCAUUGGAGACUGAAAAAAUUAAGAAAGGAAAAGAAAAUUAAGAGGAGGCAAGAAAUACACUAGAUUAAGUAAUAAAAAAUAAUAUAGAACUAGAAAAUUUGAAUAUCUAAAUAGACGAAUAAAUUAAAAAUUUAAAUUAAAGAUUAGAUUAAAUAAUAAGUUUUUCAGAGAACUUAAACGAAUAUAUAAUCUUAAAUUCUUCACUAUAAGAAGAAGAAAUCAAAUUGAAAAAGCUAAAUGAAUAUGAAUCUGUUAAAAGUUUAUCACGUUCAGAGGUUUAAAGCUAAAUCGAAAAGACAGAAAACUAAAUUUAUACUCUGAAAGAGGAAAAAGAUUCAUUAAGCAGCUAGUUGAGUACCUUUAAUUAAUUUGAAUCACUUGAAAGGAAUUUGAGAAGUUAGUAACAUUUAAAAUAACAACUUAUUGAACUAAAAAUUGAAGUACAUUCAUGUCAAAGGGAAAAUCAUAAAUGCGAUAAAAAUUGUAAAAUAUGCUCUGAUAAGAAAUGCGAUCAUAAGGCCGGACAUGAUGAAAAACAAGAGCAUAUGUGUAACAAAUAAGAUCACAGAUGUUAGGAUAUUUGUUAAAUAAUUAAUUGUAAGAGCAACUGUAUGAAAAGUUUCAACCAUGAUUUCUAGCAUAAAUGUGAAAAUGAUCAUCCUUGUAUGGAAAAAUGUUAAUAUUGUGAUAAAAAAUGCAAGAAAGAUCGCUCUGAUUCUCAUAAUACUAAUCAUGAUUGCUUAGAUAAUUAUUGUCCUCAUAAUUGUAAAUUGUGUUCCAGAAGAUGCUGUGAACCACAUAAGCACUCGUUAGAAAAAGCUAACCAUUUUUGUGAAAAUGUACAUUAUUGUAAAGAACCAUGUUAAGAAGAUGGAAGAUGCAAAUUAGAAUAUGAGGUAGUAUAAACAAUAUGGAAAAAUUAAUUAUCAGAAUUCUAAUACAUUAAAUAUAUCCCACAGGAUAACGGUAAAUAAAUAUGCCAAAAACAGAUACCAGCACGAUGCGAUAAGCAUGAUGGAAAACAUUUAUGUAAGGAAAAAACUGAAAAGCAAUUUCAUCUUUGUAAUUAACAAUGUCCUGAGUGUAAUACAUAUUGCGAUUUAAAAUACAAUCACUAAGGACCUCAUUCAUCAGAUAGACAUAGGAAUAAAGAAAAUUAGAUAUUUACAACUUAAUAAAAAAAUUUGGACAACAUUAAAAUUUAAGAUUAAAAAGAAACAACAAUUAGACAAUAUAGGAUUGGAGAGAGUUCAGAGCCUGAAACAUGUGAUUCGAGCUGCUAAAGAAGAGGAAGAGCUCAUUUUCAUUUAAUUAAAUGUGAAGGAGGUUAAAAAUGCUUGUAAAAGAAAGAUUAAAUAAAAGCCAGACAUUCAGAUUAAAAAUAUGUUGGUUUUGAACAUCUAGAUUUUGAUGAAGUGUUGUGUGAAAACUUUUGGAAAUUAUAAAAUUGGAUUCAUCCAAACUAAAAUGAAUGAGAGAAUAUUACUAUUCA